AUGGAUCUCGAAGACGUAAAGUCUCUCACAGAGUCUCAGAUAUCAAAAAAACUGGGAGACAUACGAGCCUCCGUUCCGGUCGAAAACCUCUCACGAGUUGUCGAAUGGACGACAAAAGUGCCGAAAACACAUCCCAAACUCUUCGGAGAGGCCGCUGCUGCUCUCGGAAGAAUUCUCGAGCAGAACACUGAUUCAGAUGUCUCGGAGAAAGUCAUGAUGUUUUUCAAGAAUAACUUGAACAAAUGCGAAGGGGCCUGGGUCGAGCACUUCAUAUUCAUUUCAUUCAUCGCUCUCAGCCAAGAAAACAACGCACUCGAUGGAAUCGUGUGCGAAAUUCUCGAGACAGCGCGGAAGGCCGCCGCUAAGUCUGACGACAACUCUCAAGUGAUGACAUCUCUUCUGAAAACGCGAAUCGUGCCAAAGCUCAAAGAAAUGGCUGAAGCGAAGAACUACAAGAAAGCCUUUGCGGUCUGGCGAGCAAUCGUCCGUUCCACAAAACUGAAAAUCACCUCAUCGAUCACUAAUGACGUCCUCCAGAUAGCAACCAUGGCUUUCAAAGAGAAUAAUCCCGAGUACCACGCCCUUGCGUUCAAAAGCUGGAAAAUACUCAUCGAGAACCUCCCGCAGGAAGUUUUGCGUAAACCCGCCUACAUAAGGCUCGUCCUCAACCCUUUGAACAGAACGUACCGUGACACCGACGCGAAUAGCACUCUACAAAAAUACAUUGCUUGGUGGCAACACGUCGUUUCGCUUGGGGAAGAUGCCGAAGUCCAUUCUGAUGAUGUCGUGGUGCCGCUCCUGCAGAAAGCUUUUUGUUUGCCCUCCGCAAAAGCUCGACAGCUCAAUCCGACAGCGUUCGCCAAUCCGACCAGAAUCAUUCCCCAAUGCGCCUACACCGUCCUGGUAUUUCUAUGGUUCGACGGUAACCCGGAACUGCGUCGAGAGCUCCAGCAGUUGGGACAGCCAAACUUCAAGCUGAAUGAGAAUUUCAUCAAAACCUCAUGUCUGGCGAAACACUCCGGCGUUUUCGAAGAAGCUAUCUCGCUCAUAGUGAACAACAUCACACAGAAAGUCGCUCCGCCGCCAAGAAACUAUUCGACCCUAUUCUGCAGAGUGCUUCUUUCCCGAGUCGCUUCGUUCCACGAGAACGGACACCAUGACAUGGUGCGAUCGAUCCUGUCGGCGGUGUACGGUAUCCUGCAGACGAAGCUGGACAUUGAUCAGUCAUUGAGGAUUUUUCAGUGUCUGUCAGACGCUCUCCCCCCGGAAGUUAUGUCGUCUCCGCAGUUCAAUUUCAGACAAGGAUCCUCCAGCAAGGACGAGUUCCCUGAACUGACGUUUGCGAGUCUUUACGUGCGACAAGUGGCGAACCUCUGCCGGGCUGCUGGGGAUGAAUCGCUCCGAACGAAAUUCAGGCCUGGACUCAGAAGGCUCUUGGAGCGAGGGAACAGAAAUAUGAGCACGCCUCGAUUCUCGGGGCUUCUGAUGGUCAGCCUGCAGGAUGCUGAGUCUUUGCAGGCCGAGUCCUGGCAAGAAGUAUCGGCCUUCCUGAGCAGUCAGUUGAGGCAAAGCAAAGUGGUUACAUUGGAGGAAGACUUGAGGACGUUUUCUCAUGCGCUAGCUCUUCCGAUUAGCUCCAAGUUCCCCUUGACCGAAGCAGUGUCGAAAGAGUGGAUCGAAUUGCAUGGAGCUCUCAUGCAGAGCAGUUCUCGGGGAGAAGACUUCGAUCCCAAUCGAUUCAUAGCCGAUAUAUGUGGUCGAAUACACGAGAAACUUUCGGAUUCCCACCACGACCUCAAUCAUUUACUGCUCAUUUCCCAGAUGUUUGAGUCCGUGGUGGAUCACUGCGUUCUGGAGUCCACUCCGACUCCUCGACCGGAACCCCUUGGCGAUCUCGAGCCCCUAGUGAGGUGCGUGAUCAGCCUCAUCCGGAAAGGUUGUGAGCAACUCACGCCAGAGAGACAGUCCAGGGCUCCGUGUCAGUUCUACGUUAAUGUUGUGGAAAUGGUUCAUAUUUUGGUGCGAGACAGCAGGUCGCCGGUGCUGUGUGAGGAAAUCAUCGUGAGACUUGUUCCUGAGCUCGUGCCCAUCUUCAAGAAGACUGCGGUGAAGUCCAUUUUCAGGAACUCGCCGCUGUUCCAUGUGGAAAGUGCUUUGCUCACAGCUCUCGACCACGUUCUUUACGCGUUGAAGAAAAGAUCGGCAGAGCUCCCCAAGGAGGGUCCAGUCCUGGAAAUCAUCCGGCUUGUCGUGAAGGAAUCCCUGAAUCACUGGAAAGCUUCCAUAAACGACACCGCUCAUGAACUAGCCGAACUAUUGUCAUUGGAUUUACCGAAUGAGACUGCGAGCAAGCGAACGAGCAACUCUCCAAUCAAAACUCCAGCAUCGUCGCCCAGACCGUCGCCUUCGACGAAGGCCCCACAGGAGCCGGACCGACAGCCGGAGAGGAAGUGGACCAGGUCCACGCCCGACGCUUCGACUCUAAGGAACGGGAAUGCGCGGGAGAAGGGAUCCCUCAAAGCUAACCUACCCUCGAAAAGAAAAUCGAAACCCACCGCCGAAGAGGAAUUUGUGCAUAUAAGCGCGGCGAAGAAAAAGAGCGUAAUCUACACCGAACAUCAGCUGGAAAAGCUUAAAGAACAAAAAAUUAUCCCCAGCAUGUACGAAGAUCUCUCACAGAGCUCGCAAGGGACACUCAUGGGCCCCCCGUCGAAAUCGCCCGAGGACGGAGGGUCGGCUCCAGCGGAGCAAGUUUCUCCCACAGCCACGGCAGCCUCCAACGGUUCCACUAAUAAUGGGAACGGCAAACCCCCCACUCGGGAGUCGGCGCGCAAAUCCCUCCAAUCGAGCCGAAAACCCAGUCCGAGAAAAGUAGUAGAACCUUCCAGCUCGGAUGACAAUUCAGAACUCGGUUUCACGGAAAGCUCUCCUGAAGCUUCGCCGGGAGAUGGUGUGGGAACACUCGUUGUCGGAGGUCGGAACCGAAAGGAUAAGGAGUCGUCGAGCGCGGACGUUCGCACUGACGACAAGGUUCCUGGAUUGGGAGCACCGUCUCGACGAAUAUCGGAGCUCCCGUCUUCGAGCGAGCAGAUAGACGAAAACGCGGACAAACCGAGAGGCGCACAAAAACGAAAACUUGCGCGUCCAUCGCAAUCACCCAUGACCACGAAACUUCGACCAAUGCGACUCAGCUCCACACUGAGCAGAACCAAGUCAAGACGCUCGCAAGCGAAAUCGUCUACCGGAGAGCAGUCCGUCGGAAUGGACAGCGACUCCGUGGCGGAUGUCGACGUUAAAUUAGAAACGUCGAAAAAAACGGCGUUACCGGAGAGCUACGCGUCUUCCUCGGACAACGGACUGGAUCAAUUGACCAAGGCGAAGAAGAAACCCGCGAAACUUGAAACGAAACAGAGACCGUCAAUAUCCAAAGUCGGCGCUGCGGGGAAACUUUCAAGAGACGCACCGUCGAGUCCCGACCUGCCGCAACAGACGAUCGUAGAUCGAAUCAAAGCAGCCGCAGGAGCUCAGAGAGAAGAUUUGCUCAAAUUCAUAUCCUCCCCGGAAUUUCUACAACGCAUGACGCGAGAGGAGCGAAAAUCCUUCCUGAAAACGUUCCUAAACAAUGUUACUGAAUACAUUCUGUGA